GGCUCUUCACUUGCGCUAGAUUCUUGAAUCCCCAAAUCAGUUUUAUUCAUAUAAUAAUCUAGGAUUUUUGUUGGAAGAGAUUUGCUUUCUGCAUGGAUUUUGGAGGUGGGUAACUGGGUAAGUGUCAUUGCUAACAUGACGUUAUUCUUUGGUGGAUGUGGAUCAUUCGUUAGCUUGAGCUUUUGAGACGUGACAAUGAUUUCUAUCCCUCGGUUUGGCUCAGCCAUUGGUAUGGAUUUCAAUUUUAUAUGUGUUCAUUGUAAAAUUCUGGAUUCUGAAUCUCAUCCACAAGGGAUUCAUCUGGGAUGAUAAUUGGGAACUCUAGUGUAGAUCAAAAGUUGUUUGAGGAAUUCAAUUUUCAUCAUUUGGCUUUGGAGAUCAAAAGUGUUUCUAUUUUAAUGUUGAUUGUUCCUUAUGCAAAAUUGUUGACUUUAUAUUGAAGGGAACAUAAGAUUGGGGAUCUAGUUAUAUAGAGAGGUAGUGGUGAUUUGUUGUUGUUAAUUUGGAGGCAUUUGUAGUGAGUUUUGUUUGUAUAAAGUGUUGCUGCAAUGUCUGGGGGAACGCCUGUUGGGGUUGGAGGUGGAUUUAUGAGGCAGAGACAUAGUCAAGGGUAUGCUAGCAGUGGUGAUGACCUAGAGGAUGAUGCAUGUUCAAGGCAGCGGUAUUUUCUGCCUCCGCCGCCGGCGCGCAAGACAUGGAUUGAGGUGCUGGAGAAUUUUCUUUGGCUUGCCUCAGCUGCUUUCAUUCUACUGCCUUUAUAUCUUGGGAUGAUAGGUGUCAGUUUGAACGCAUUGAUUUUCGUUUAUACAAGUGUCUUGGCGUGGAGUGUCCAGAGAUUUGAUGAAAAGUGGGGGUUAAAAAAAUGGCAGAUACAGAGCAUCAGCGUCUUGCCGUUUGCCACAGCAUUUGGAGUAGUCUCUUUUUGCUUGUUCACCUUUGCUUUGUGGCCAAUAUGGAAUUUCUUGACUCUUCCUCUUCUGUUCACACUAUUCAUGGCUUGCAUGGUAGUAUUCCCUUACCUCAUUUUCGGGACAUUCCGGCCUCAAUACGAUGAAUUCCGUACAGAUUAAGCCUCACGACGAUUCAAGUGAGGAAUAGUACUGACAUAGAUGAAAGAGUUUCUAACACACAUUGACAAUGAUUGAUUGGUAGCUGUUGCAAAAUGUGGUUUGAAGUUUUGUGGCAUCGAUAGAGUAGCAUGAUGUUAUUGCAUGCUAUCCUUUCCAAAAUUGUUGCUAACUGUAAGAGCUAAGAUUCGAUUCGACUUUUAGGUUGAUUGUUAAGGCGGCUGAUAUUAACUGCUACAGGUAGAGAGAUAUAGGUUUCAUGUUUCAACAGAUCAGAGAAGUGUUUGAUGCUAUCAAUUGAAUUGCCUUCGGUUGCUGGUAUCCUAACACCAGUUUUGCUUUA